AAAUGCCAUACAAGUUAUUCUCUUGAUUCGAGGAGCUCUGUUUGAGAGACCAUUUUCAUGGAGGUUCAUUUCCGAGUUGAAAAGGGAGAGAUCAGAUUCAGAUCGUAACCUAUCGUUGCAAGUUUCUUCUGGAUUCAUGUUUAUGUCUGACUCUGAUCUUCUCUACAACUGUUCAGUUUCUUACUCAGUACCAUGUGCUCUUCUUUUCUUCUAGGUUUUUGAAGUUCGACUUCUUCUUCUUCUUCUUCUUCUUCCUUCUUGCAUUCCUGUUCCAGAUACACCAUAGAGUCUGCUGAUGAGAAGUUUCAGAUGUAUCAUGAAAGAUAGGAAAGAUUUUUAGAGAAAAAUCAUGUUCUGAAAUUAUCCAGCCACCUUGAUUCAACGUAUUUGUGUUCCUGAUCGUGAAGCAUCUCACCAUGCUUAAGCAAAUUCUGAGCAAACUUCCUCGGAAGUUGCAGAAGUCGGAAUCGACCGAUGCUGCAACGAAUGAUUCUGGCAACAACACUUCUCGUCUGGGGCAUGUAUUCCAGUGUACAAAUGUAGGGAGUGCCUUCUCAAGUAAAUUAAAUGUAGUCAAACGUGUUUCUUCAGCAGUUUUCCCUGCAAGUAUUGCAGCAGGAGCAGAAGCAGUAGAUCCCCACUUGUCAUUCAAAGACGUUCAAAAUCCACAAAAGCAGAACCUGUUUAUCAGUAAAUUGAACUACUGCUGUGAGGUUUUCGAUUUGAACAAUAUGGAGAAGCAAGAUCUUAAGCGUCAGAUGUUGAUAGAUGUCGUCGAUUUCGUUACCUCUGGAUCUGCAAAGUUCACUGAGACAGCUAUUUCAGCAGUGUGUAAGUUGUGUGUUGCUAAUCUUUUUCGUGUUUUCCCUCCGAAAUCUCGCUCAACUUCGACCGGUGGAGAAACUGAGGAUGAUGAACCAAUAUUUGAUCCGGCUUGGUCGCUUUUGCAAAAUGUAUAUGAUCUACUACUUCAUUUUGUCAGCAGCAAUUCAUUAGAUGCAAAAGUGGCCAAAAAAUAUCUUGAUCAUGCUUUCAUUCUGAGAUUGCUCGACCUCUUUGAUUCUGAUGAUCCUAGAGAAAGAGAUUGCUUGAAAACAAUCCUUCAUCGUGUCUAUGGGAAAUUCAUGAUACACAGGCCUUUCAUUAGGAAAGGUAUUAGCAAUGUCAUGUACUGUUUCGUUUUCGAGACCGAGCGACAUAAUGGAAUUGCAGAACUCUUGGAGAUUUUUGGUAGUGUGAUUACCGGGUUCGCGUUGCCAUUGAAGGAGGAACACAAGACAUUUUUAUGGAGGGUAUUAAUUCCUCUUCACAGACCAAAAUCAGUCGGAAUUUAUCAUCAACAAUUAACAUAUUGUAUUGUACAGUUUAUAGAUAAGGAUCCCAAGUUGGCCAGUACAGUUAUAAAGGGACUUUUAAGAUAUUGGCCUUUAACAAAUAGCCAGAAAGAGCUGAUGUUCUUAAGUGAAAUAGAAGAGAUUCUGGAAAUGAUCACCAUGGUUGAGUUCCAGAAGAUCAUGGUUCGUCUCUUUCGGCGACUCGGAUAUUGCCUGAAUAGCUCUCAUUACCAGGUGGCAGAGAAAGCUCACUUGCUUUGGAACAACGAACACAUCAUCAAUCUUAUUGCACAAAACCGUCAAACAAUCAUUCCCAUCAUCAUCCCAGCACUUGAACGGAAUACACAAAAGCACUGGAACAAUGCUAUACUCAAUCUAACUUCAAAUGUGAAGAAGUUAGUCCAUGACAUGGAUGAAGAACUUGUGCUUGCUUGCCAGCUUGACUUGAAGGAGGAACAGUCGAGGUCGAUUGCAGCAGCCGAGAAAAGGAAAUUGGCAUGGGAGCAGCUCGAGAAUGUUGCGACUCCACAACUCGUAUCUACUACCGUUUCGUUUCUGGUAGAACCAGCAACAUGUGCAGUUACUGGCUAAUCACUUGAUCUCAACAAAACCACAGUAGUUCUACUUGCAGUACCAAGGAUCGAGUUAUUCGAUUCAACCAAGUUAUCGAUUACCCGAGAUGCUGCGAUAAACAAGCUAUGGAUGAUCUGAUGAUCAGAUCGUGCUGAAACUGUCUGUACAGGUGUGCUGGGUAAGCAGCCUCUUUGGUUGCCACACAAAAAAAUCUGUAUCCUUAAUCAAACAGUGUGUUUCUUCACUGUUCUUCAUAUCUCAUUAAUGAUGGGGAUUUUGUGGUUUUGAGUUCCACUUGAAGCAUUUUGAAGGCUUCAGCUUUGAGCUUCUUUUUUCUUCUGAAAA